AUGCCUUACAACAUUGCCAUGGUCAGCGACUUUUUCUUCCCACAGCCAGGCGGAGUUGAAAGUCACAUUUAUCAAUUAUCAACGAAACUCAUCGACCGCGGCCAUAAAGUCAUCAUCAUAACGCACGCCUACAAAGGCCGCACUGGCGUACGCUACCUCACCAACGGUCUCAAAGUCUACCAUGUCCCUUUCCUCGUCAUCUACCGCGAGGCCACGAUGCCGACGCUCUUCUCGUUCUUCCCCAUAUUCCGCAAUAUCAUCGUUCGCGAACAGAUUCAGAUUGUCCAUGGUCAUGCCAGUUUGAGUAGUUUUUGCUGUGAAGCAAUCCUACAUGCGCGCACGAUGGGAUUACGGACUGUAUUCACGGAUCACUCGCUAUUUGGGUUUGCGGAUGCAGGUUCGAUUCUUACGAAUAAGUUAUUGAAAUUUAUUCUUAGUGAUGUGGAUCAUAUUAUUUGUGUCAGUCAUACUUGCAAGGAAAAUACGGUCCUUCGAGCAUCUCUAGAUCCGCUGAUGGUAUCCGUCAUACCCAACGCGGUUGUCGCAGAAAACUUUCGUCCUUUAUCUUAUCCGACCACAGACGGCGUUGCGGGUCAAGUGUCUCGACCGGCUCCUCGAAUUAUCGGUCCGGAUGAUACAAUUACUAUUGUCGUGAUUUCACGACUUUUCUACAACAAAGGUAUAGACUUGUUGAUUGCAGCAAUACCGCGAAUACUCAAGUCACAUCCAAAUGUGCGGUUUAUAAUUGGCGGGUCGGGCCCCAAGGCUAUUGAUCUGGAACAAAUGCUCGAACGCAACAUGUUGCAAGACAAGGUUGCAAUGCUGGGCCCUGUACGGCAUGAGGAAGUGCGAGAUGUAAUGGUCCAGGGACAUAUAUACUUGCAUCCCAGUCUGACAGAAGCGUUCGGUACUGUGCUGGUCGAAGCUGCCAGCUGUGGCUUAUAUGUCGUGUGCACGCGUGUUGGAGGUAUUCCGGAAGUUCUGCCACAGCAUAUGACCACGUUUGCCAAACCAGAGGAGGACGAUCUUGUCCAGGCGACUGGUAAAGCCAUUGCAGCACUUCGAUCCAACAAAGUGCGCACGGAACGAUUUCACGACCAGGUGAAAAUGAUGUAUUCGUGGACUGACGUGGCUCGUCGGACUGAACGAGUAUACAAUGGAAUAUCAGGCGCUAUCAGCGAACUCGAAUUCUACGGACACUAUCCAGAUGCCGGCUGGGAUGCCGUUCGCGGCCGCACUCGAAGCUUUGCACUUAUUGACCGGUUGAAACGAUACUAUGGAUGCGGUAUCUGGGCCGGUAAACUGUUCUGCAUGUGCGUUGUGAUUGAUUACUUGUUGUUUGUGUUUUUGGAAAUGCUCUGGCCACGAGCCAAUAUCGAUAUUGCGCGUAGUUGGCCUAAGAAGCAAGUGCCACAUCCAGACGCUGCUGCAGCUACGAAGGGGAAUAUGACGAGAAGCACGCGGGAUCGACUGCGAGCUAGUUCUUGA